UAUUGGGAAGAGUAUUGGGAGGGAAAUAUUGGGAGGAAUAUGGGGAUGAAAUAUUGUGAGGAAUAUUGGGGGGAAUAUGGGGAUGAAUAUUGGGAGGAAUAUGGGGAUGAAUAUUGGGAGGAAUGGGAAGGGAAUAUUGGGAAGAGUAUUGGGAGGAAUAUUGGGAAGAGUAUUGGGAGGAAUGAGCUGGGAGUCGGAGUAGGCUGGGAAGGGAAACUAGAUGGCAAUGGAAAUUUUGAAAUGGGAAUUUGCUGGAAAUGGAGAUUAUCUGGAAAUGGAGGUUAGCAGGAAAUGGAGAUUAGCUGGAAAUGGAGAUCAGCUGGAAAUGGAGAUUAGCUGGAAAUGGAAUGACCCGGGAAAUGAGCUGCGAAAAGAAAUUAGCUAGGA